GCGGCGGAGGGGCAGGUGGUGAUGAGAAACAGCUGACGGCGAGGACCGGCGCCCGCCAUGCCCAGGCCCGCCGCCCUCGUGCCCGGCCCUCGUGCCCCGCCGCCGCCCACGCGUGGCCUCCGCGCCGGGCACUCGACGCCCUGCCGCCCCGCGUGCCCAGGAGAGCAGUGCCCGGUGGGAGAGGAGGGCACGAGGCUGCGGGACGGGCAUGGGCGGGCAUGGCCGGAGUGGGACUGGGUUAUGUUGGCUAGAAAGUGUCAGAAAAGCCCAGCACCACCAUGGCUGGGCCGGUCACCGAAUUUGUGGUGGGGUGGAACGUAGUCCAGACCCUGGGAGAGGGGGCCUUUGGAGAAGUAAAAUUACUAAUCAAUAAGGACACUGGGGAGGCAGUUGCCAUGAAGAUGGUGGACUUGGUCAAACAUCCAGAUGCGGCAGAUGCUGUGCGCAAGGAAAUAUGUCUGCACCGCAUGUUGAAACAUGCAAACAUCAUUAAAUUUUAUGGAAGUCGCCGUGAAAAUUCAAUGCAGUACAUGUUCCUGGAAUACGCUGCAGGUGGUGAACUGUUUGACCGCAUUGAGCCUGACACGGGCAUGCCUCCCCACCAGGCACAGAAGUACUUCAGGGAAUUGAUCAGUGGUGUGGAAUACCUCCAUGGACGGGGUGUUACACACCGGGAUCUCAAGCCAGAGAACUUGCUGCUUGACGAGAAUGACCAUCUUAAAAUAACAGACUUUGGAAUGGCCACUCUCUUCAGACACAAUGGCAAGGAACGUGAAUUGGAUCGUCGUUGUGGAACAAAACCAUACAUGGCACCUGAAGUAUUGCUGAGACCCUAUAAUGCUGAACCUGCAGAUAUUUGGUCUUGUGGAGUGAUUCUUGUUGCACUGCUAGCUGGUGAAUUGCCAUGGGAUGAACCAACCUUUUCCUGUCCAGAAUACACGGCUUGGAAAGACCGAGAUUGUAGAUUGUUCACAACCACACCUUGGACAAAGGUGGACAAUCUCGCCCUCUCUCUUUUGCGCAAGGUAUUGAACACUGUACCUAGGCAUCGAGCAACAGUACCUCAGGUGAAAGCACAUCAGUGGUUCACAAAGAACUACCACAAAUCUUCAGGUUUCGGACGCAAUGCAUCGAAUGACAGCAUGACCCCUACUACCAAGCGCGUGUGCAGUGAGCUUGAACGGGAAAACUCCUCGUUUUGUUUGGAAGACAUGUCAGCACGGUUAGCAUGUUCGCAGCCAGAGGCCCCUACAUCUGCUUCAAUUAAUAAUGUCAAUGAUGGUCCUAAUGUAGACAUGGGGGUUGUGAGCUUCUCGCAGCCAGCCCAACCUGACCAGCUGUUGCUUUCCUCUCAACUUACUCAAAGCACACAAGCAAGUCAGACACCAUUGCAGAGGCUUGUGAAACGCAUGACUCGCCUGCUUGUAAGGACCAACCUGGAGGACACCCUAACUCACCUGGAAGCAUUGUUCAACAAGAUGAACUACACUUAUCGUAUGCACAAUGUCAAUGUUCUCACUGUAACCACUCUGGAUCGACGUGGAGCUCAACUUGUGCUGAAAGCAAGCAUACUGGAUAUGGGCCAGCAUAUUCUUGUGGAUUUCAGACUUUCGAAAGGAUGUGGAUUGGACUUUAAGCGACAUUUUCUGCGAAUUAAAGAGGGUUUAUCUCAUAUAGUAAUCAAGGGUCCUGUAACUUGGAAUAUGGCUCUAGCAACAAAUAUGCUACCAGCCUGAUUUGACCCAGACUGAAAUUUUGAAGUCUUUCAAAAUUUAUAUGCUGAAUGUUACUCAUGCUUGUGUAAGAUGUAAAGUAUUAGUCUUUAAUGAAUAAGUCUAUGAUUUAUACUCGGUUAAAGUAUAAAAGUGUUUGAUAUUGAAUGUGUGAUUUAACUUUGAAAGGAUCUGAAUGCAAGACUAGUAUGCCUGUAAUAAUUUUUCCGUCUAGAUUAAGCAUUUGGUUAACUUGAAAGGUGACCUCCCAGUAAUAGUAGCAGGGCAGAAUGUUCCAGCAACAUUGGCUGCCUGGAUAGGUAGUGAGUACCCAUCUCAACAGUGUGCUGCGGUUGUAAGAGAAGUCUUGCUAUUGACCAGCCUUCUCUCUACUCUCGCAGGCAGAAUUCUAGUCUUUCACUGAUGGGUGCUUACUUGCUUUUACGAAAGUAAAAAAAAAAAAAAAAAAAAAAA